AUGCCCAAGUCAGUAAAAGUACAAAGCCUUGCCAAGGUGGAUGGCCCGGAUGAUCCAUCAGCUGGCCCCAGUGAGACCAUGGUUACCAUACCUGACCCGGGUAGUGUCUUCACCAUAGGGCUAGACGUUAUAGUGUCCUGUUACUUCAUGGUCAAAGCCAAGUAUAAGGGGCCUGUAGCCAGCCCUGAGAACAAGAACUUAGACUCCAAAGUAGCGACCUCUGCAUCUGGUGUCUCAGAUGCAUCUGCCACCCUGCCUGAUGCUAGGGUCACCGCGAACUUAAA